CUCCCCUCAUCUGGUGUUACGUAAUAGUGUUGCUGCAUGCACUUAAAUUCAUAUGGUGGGUGCAGCAAGACGCGGUCACAAGGCAGCAGUUGUAUCCAUCCACAAUACACGAAGAUAUGCCUCCUGUGAAUAUCGACAGUUCAGAUGAUGCCAAGCCUGUUGACAAUGGCAAGGCCGAGAAAUGCAUUACCACCGCGAUGAAGGGGCUGGAGACCAUUGAGCCUUUGGUGUGCUCUGUAGAAGAAACCCCAGAGCCCAUCUCCACUGAGGUACAAGGAUCCAUUCCUUCAUGGGUCAAAGGAAACCUCCUCCGAAACGGCCCGGGGAAGUUUGAAUUUGGAAACACACACUACAAUCACUGGUUUGAUGGGAUGGCGUUGCUGCAUAAGUUCACCAUCGCAGAAGGCCAGGUGACCUACAUGAGUCGCUUCCUGAACAGCGAGGCCUACAGGAAGAAUAGUGAAAGGGACCGCAUCAUGAUGUCAGAAUUUGGUACCCUCGCUUUGCCGGACCCCUGUAAAAACAUCUUCCAGCGCUUCCUGUCCCGCUUUGAGAUGAUGGACUCCACGGACAAUGCAAGUGUGAGCUUUGUGAAAUACAAAGGUGACUACUAUGUCAGCACGGAGACAAACUUCAUGCAUAGAGUGAACCCGGAAAACUUAGAAACAUUGGACAAGGUAGACUGGAGCAAGUUCAUUGCUGUGAAUGGAGCUACUGCUCACCCCCACUAUGACCCUGACGGUACCGCCUACAAUAUGGGUAACUCCUAUGGAAGCAAAGGAGCGUUGUACAACAUCAUCAGAGUUCCUCCUGAGAAGUCUGACUCCAAAGACACUCUCCAAGGAGCCAAAGUCCUCUGCUCCAUUGUGCCUGCCAACAAGUCCCAUCCCUCCUACUACCACAGCUUUGCCAUGUCAGAGAACUACGUGGUGUUCAUCGAGCAGCCAAUAAAGAUGGACCUGAUGAAGAUAGUCACAGCUAAACUGAGGGGGAAGGCUUUGAGCGACGGCAUCUACUGGGAUCCCAAACAGGAAACUGUCUUCCAUCUCGUGGACAAGCGUACAGGCGAGGUUAGCCCGGUGAAGUACCACACCAAAGCCGUGUCCAACUUCCAUCAGAUCAACGCCUUCGAGGAGGACGGGUUCCUGAUGGUCGACCUGUGCUGCGCAGACGACGGUGGAGCCAUCAACAACUAUCUCAUCCAGAACUUACGCAAGUCAGGAGAAGCAUUAGAUGAGGUCUACAACACAAUAUGCAGGUCCUUCCCGAGGCGUUUUGUUCUGCCGCUGCAGCUGACGGGUGAGACCCCGACAGACCAGAACCUGAACACACGGCCCUCCAGUACAGCAACCUGUGUCCAGAUCAACAAAGAUAAGGUGUUUUGCCAACACGAGGAUCUCCAUGGAGACGACCUCUACGAGUACGGUGGCCUGGAGUUCCCUCAGAUCAACUACGGGAAAUAUAACACGCGACAAUACCGAUAUUUCUACGGCUGCGGAUUCAGACACCUGGUGGGAGACUCUCUGCUCAAGAUGGACCUCAAGGACAAGACGCUCAAGGUCUGGUACCAGAAGGGGUUCUUCCCGUCCGAGCCGGUGUUUGUGCCGUCACCUGACGCUGUGGAGGAGGACGAGGGUGUCAUCCUGUCUGUGGUCCUCACCCCCUCACAGGAUAAAGGAACGUUCCUCCUGGUUUUGGAUGCAAAGACAUUUGAAGAACUGGCCAGAGCCAACGUGCCCGUUAACAUGGCUUAUGGUUUCCAUGGUGCGUUCAAUGCCACUCCAUAAACCGUUUUUUAAUGUAUUUUGAUUCACAAUGUCUCUAAAUAAAUGUUAUACAAUGAGAAUAAUAAUGCCAAAAACAGUCUUAAUCCUCAUAACCACUAUAUGCCCGAUGGUACUGAAUGCAAGAAAUAAAGAUAGAUGCAGUGUUUUGUUACUGAACUGAUCUCUGGUUUUUAGUAACAUCCAACAGGAAUUAAUUUACAGUAAAGAGGCCUUGUUAUGAUUUUGGGGGUUUUCCAUUUCCUAAGGUGCUUUAUAUAGGUUUGUGUGCAUGUAAACGGUUCAAAUCCCAAAGAAAAGCCUCUAUCGGACUCCUUUGAUUACUUCUGCAACAUAGUGACAUCACUACGUAACACUCACACUUCUAUUGGCUUGCGCUCCAACACAUUGUACGUCAUAGGCUAAGGGGCCGGACCUCUCUAAGCGGUUGAUCAAUCACAACAGAGCCGGCCAGCUAACCAAUCAGAGCAGACUGACAGGGCUCUGGUUUCAGACAGAGGGUGAAAAGAGGUGCUGCAGCACAGGCAGUAUGAGAACAAUUAAAAGCUUUUUGAACAUUAAAGCAUGGAGACAUGUCAUAGGAGAGACACUAAAUACAAAUAAGAAGCUGAACAUUUGCUUUAAAGGGAUAGUACUUCUGAAUUCGGGUGGUUUAAGUUAACUACUUAUCCGUAGUAAGUAAAUGAGAGAUCAGCACGCUGCCAUGUUAAAAAAAGAGACAAGAGUAUCAGCAUGGACGCAAAGUAAUGUAGCAAUACGUAUUAAAGCCAGUCAAUAUCAGUUUAAGUGUACGCUAUAUUUUUACCACUUUACCUUAGUGCUCUUUUCCUAGCCCUCAGACUCCUUUU